AAAGUAUGACUGCCAUUUUGUUACCAGUUCGAUUAUACAUACAAACUAGUUGAUGUAUACAGUUUUAACUUCCAUAGUCCAUCCUCAAUGACGUAGUGAAACACCAUUUAUAGAACUUGCAUCUACUAACUAUCUAGGAAAACAUCCACUGAAAGAGCAGAAUGAGAACAUGGCCUUACUGUCACUUCUAAGAUAAGACUAAAAAUGGCAGCCUGGGGAUGAGACUUCACUAAUGACUGAGAUAAUUGUUAUUCCAUUUGCAUCGCAAAGCUUAUGCUAAGGCGUUUGCUAUUUAAGCCCCGCAUAGCCAGGCAGACAACAGUUCUUCAGCUUUACUUUCAACAGUCCAUUAUGUUUCUGCGUCUGGUUCUGAUCUGCCUGGCUUUCUUCGUGGCGGUGCACGCCCAACCAGCUCCAGGAGCUCCACAGUAUCCCAAAGAGACUUUACCAGUCGAUGGGACUUUAUUGGUCCCCUCUGCUGAUGUAAAUCCCGCAGAUGGGGCUAAACCACGUACCCUUUUGCUGCUUCUACCUCUGCUGUUUCCCGAUCAGUUCUAUUAAUAAAG